UCAAACGGAUGCAGUUGAUGGUUGUUCGACAUGGAAGACAUUUGUUUCAACUAAUUGUUAAAUCUGAAAGACUCAAAUAAUUUAUGCUUAAUAAUAAUGCGUAGUGUAGCAUGUGACCUGUCAAAAUUUCGACGGUAGAAAGAGAUGGAAGGUUCCCCCACCAUGUAUUGCAGAAUAUUUACGCGGGAAUGUUUUCGUUCUAUCCGCCCUUUUAGUCAGGUAAUUCCGUGUCAAUGCCCCUGAUCUUGUCCUCUGUUCGUCCCGUUAGUAAAACUAGCCUGCAGACUAAUUAACGUAACAUAAAUAGUUCUGGAAACUUUUUGCAAGAAUGAGCGCAUCACCUAAUAAGAACUCUAAGCGGCUUUUUACCGUGUGUAUAGAAGGCAAUAUCGGAAGUGGGAAAACAACAUUUUUAAAUAAUUUUAAAGCAAAUGAUAAUAUGCUGGUUCUUCAAGAGCCGGUAGAGCUUUGGCGCGACGUCGGUGGUACUAAUUUGUUGGAAAAAAUGUAUAAGGAUCCUGUUAGGUACGGUUGCCUAUUUCAGUCUUACGUUCAAUUGACAAUGCUUCAACUGCAUACUCAGAAAACUAAUCUACCUUUUAAAGUUAUGGAAAGAUCUGUAUACAGCGCUCGCUGCUUCAUUGAGAAUAUGAAACGUACCAAAAUGCUGGAAAAGGUGGAAAUAGAUAUUCUAGAGCAGUGGUAUGAAUGGUGCAUCCAGUGUGCUGAUAUUCAAACAGAUUUGAUAGUGUACUUACGAACAUCUCCAGAAGUGGUUUAUGAGCGGAUGCGAACUCGUGCUCGUAAAGAAGAAGAUUGCGUGUCAUUAGAAUAUUUGAAACAAAUCCACGAUGUGCACGACGAUUGGCUUUACAAUCGAUCUCUAUUUUCCGUACCUGCCCCAGUGAUGGUUCUGGACGCCAACAAAAGUGUAAAUGAGAUGAUGGCAGAAUUUGAAAAAUGCAGAAGAAGUAUAUUUGAGAAUAGAGAUAAAUUAAUCAUGGAAAACCAAAAUAUGCGAAAGAGAAGAAAUGUCGAACCUUUGUCGCCAUUGACUCCAACAAAAAUUCCAGUUGGCAGUGUCUAGUGAGAAAAGAAUCGCGUAGGUAAAGAAAGAAUUAAUAUUGCUAUGUGAUAGCAUCAUAUAUAUAUCUAUUAAUUAUAACGAUUAUUUUACUAUCCCAAGAUUGGAUUUGACUUUUUAUGCUGUGUUCGUUUAUUCGCAAAUAACAUACUACGCUUUCCUACUGAAGGCAUGACUUGAAUCGUACACAUCGGAUCGUUAGCUGUAUAUUACAUGAAAUUUUUAUAGCUGUUCCCACCACCGUGAUAAAUUUAUUUCUGCUCAUUCACACAGCUUGAUCUCGUGACAAACAUUCAAUCAAUUGUAGACAAAACUUGUCCAUUGAUUUCGUUGUUAUGUGAAGUUAUGGGUAAAAGUACAGAUGUAAUUGCAAAUCUUCUCCCUACCGCAUUCAUACCAUAUUGCAUUUGCAAUCUACUUAUGUUGUAGUAAAUUGUGUUGAAUUAACUUUAGUAUUAGGAUUUCUAUAUAACUCGGACAUUUUAUUUUUCGUUUAUAUUAUUUCAACAUGCUGUAACUCAUAAAAUAUAUAAUUAACUGAAAAUAUGGACGCACGCAUAUCCAACUGUCCCUAUCAAAACUUUUAGCUCGAGAUAUAUCGAGUUUUCAUGAAUUGACUAAAAUUCAAGAAUUGAAUUCAAAGUUGGGAAAUUUUUAAUUUAGGAAGAAGGGGAAAGUUGGUGCGGUUGAUAAACGAUACGAUAACGAAAUCCAAACCAACUAUUUUAUUAUUACAUACACGUAUGUAUUAUAUGUACAUUUAUCAAAUUUCAACCCAACAAUAAAGAAUAUAUGUAAACAUAUUCCUGUCAACAUAACGCUAUGGUAUACAAGACUGGAAUGCAGAAAGUUGAAAGGUCUCAGAAUAUAACUGCAAUGAUUAGGAAACAGUUUUUCUUCGAUUUCAAAAUUUGAGUAUUGCACAAUUGUUUUAAAUUAUUUGUGAUGCACAGGUAUCACUUUGAUAAAAAAAAUCAUUAACGAAAUUUAUUCUACCUUUUUGCAUCAGAAUUUAUAAAAAUUACAAUAUUUACACCCGACUGGGACUUUAACAUUGACGCAUAUAUUGCAGUACUAAUAACACUAUAAACAUUAGUUAUUUUUAUAUGUAAUUAGUAUUAAAGUUGAACAUAUGUUAUAAAAUAAUUUGCCAUUUGUUUGA